CUAAUCUCUCUCUCUCUGGGAUCUGCCAUCUCUUUGUUUCUCAGCACCCUUCGCUUCCUUCUCAAAUCUUUCGUCUCUUUCAGAUUUGCCUUUGGUGACCCAGAGGAAGACCUUUUUGGUUGGGUCUUGGAUUCCGGAUUAUCAUCCUGUCUGCAUAAGAUGUACUUCUGGUCAUCGUCAUACCAUAAUGCAGGUAUUGAGGUGGUUUUCUUGUAUAAAUGGACUGCAAGAAGUUCAUGCAAUUGGUGGAGGAGAAAAAGAAGAGAGCUUUGGAGAAGAAAGAAGCCCCUUUAAAAUGGGAGCAGAAGCUAGAAGCUGCUUCAAAGGCUAAGGCUGAUGCUGAGGCUAAAGAGAGGAAAUCAAAGACUGCUAAGCACAAAAGAAGAUCCAUGUCAGAGUCAGAGAGCAGGAGUGAGACUGAUAGCAGUGAAGGCAGGAGAAAGAGAAGGAAAAGAUCCCAUAAAAGGCACAGGAAGCAUCACCACUCUGAUUCAGAUGACAAUGAGAAGAAAAGGGAGAAGAAAUCCAAGAGAAAGCCAAAGAGACAAUCAUCUGAUUCAUCUGAUGAUAGCAUUGAUGAAUACGAGAGUAAUUCUCAAGAAGAGAGGAGGAAGAAGCAGAACCACAGACGCAAGCAUCGUGACUCAAGGUUAGUUUCUGCUUCUGAUUCUUCAAGUGAUGAGGAGGAUGGAGUCAAAAGAAGUCAUGUGAAGCGCCACAAGCACCAUAGGAGCACAGAAUCAAGUGCUUCUGAUUCUUCAAGCGAUGAGAAUGACAGUAGAACGCAGAAGAGGAGUCAUGCAAGGCGCCACAAACAUCACCACCGGUCAGAGUCUAGUGGUUCUGAGUCUUCAAGUGAUGAAGAUGGUGGUGCUUCCAGAAGGAAAAGCCAUAGGAAGCACCAUAAGAGUCAUUGGCGAUCACAUGGCAUAGGCUCUAGUUCCUCAGAUUCUGACCAUCACAGACAUGAUCAAAGGGACCAUUCUUCAGGAAAGUCAUCUGAUGACAAUCAUGAAGAAGCAGAUAGGGGAGGAGCACUAAGGCACCGAAGUGGUCAUCCACACCAUCAUUGCCACAAAGCUCACCAUCUCCAUAACAGUGAGCGGUAUCAGAUGGAAGAAGAAAAUCAUUUGCUUGAGAAUUCAGCUGAACCCAAUGGAAAGCAUCAUGAAGAUCACCCGCAGAAGAACAUGAUAGAGAACAACAAUGGUGCCUGUGAUGGACAGAAUCCUUAGACUCUCUCUAUAUGAUUGUUGGCUUGACCUACAUUCCUCUAAUUUAUCUCGGUUGAUUUGUUGGGAUACUUCAAAUCUUUUUUGGUAACAGUUUCUUGUGACCAUCCUGAAAUUUGUGGGAGACUGAAAGUUUCUCCUCACCUGUAUGGAGACUAAUGAUUACAAUAGUUCAAUUCAAAAUUGUU